AUGGGCUAUCAAAUUCGACUUCUUAUGUUGUUGGGCACGUUGAUAUGCCUUGCCGCAGUUGUUCUUUCCAAGCAGGGAACUUCUGUUUACUAUGCUCGACCCUAUCUUCCAUCGGCAUGUUAUGGCAACCGAAACCAAGGCAUCAUGAUAGCAGGAGCUAAUCCUACAUUGUACGAUGGUGGAAAAAUGGUGGCAAAGUGGGAAGCCAAGGAGGUUGUGAAUAGAGGAGCCAGAAUGAGGAAGAGGGAAGUCUCCACUAGAAUGUUGGUGUUGAAGAUGGAAUCCUCUAGCAGGAAGGUGGUGGGGGACUGCUGGCGGCAACACAAGCAUGAAUAG